AUGGAGCCGGGCUGGUGGUCGCCGUCGCUGUCGGCCUCGCCGCCGCCGCCGCCCCGCGCCCCGCCGCCGCGCUGCCGAUGUCCUCAUCCAUACUCCACCAGUUACACCUGCUUACCCCAUUAUGAUGGCUGGCCAGAUGGUGAAGAAGAGUCAUCAGGAGGAGCGCUGCGAGAGCGCGAGCUUCGCUCCCUCCACCGCACGGUGCCCGCGCUGCGUCGCCGCGAGCUCGACACGCGCGCCAUCAAACACCACUUCUACCCUGAGGGUGGAUGGGGAUGGAUCGUGUGCGGAGCUGCUUUUCUGGCUCACUUGUUGUCUACAGGACUUCAGCUAGCAUACGGAGCGCUACAUGUUUACGCCCUGCGACACCUCGGACCAUCCGCUGAUCACGCUGUGUGGGCCGGCGCGAUUUGCGUGGGUGUGUCGCGAGCUGCCGGAGCCGUAGUGGCUGGUCGGCGGAGGUCACCACGACUGGUUGCCCUGCUCGGCGGCUUGCUGCUCCCUCUAGCUUGUCUGUUCACAUCAUUCGCGACGCAGUUGCACCAAACGUUGCUUAGUUAUGGCGUGGUGCUCGGAGUCGGUUGCGGAUUAGUAAGAGAGGCGGCCGGGCUAGUGCUGGGCGCGUAUUUCCGCCGACGUCGGCAGUUCGUAGAGCUGGUGGCUCACGCGGGCGGCGGCGUCGGAAUAGCGCUCUUCAGCGUCGCGUACAAAGAGGCGGUCGGUAAACUCGGAUGGCGUUUAGGCCUCCAAGCGGUGACUGGUGUCUUAGUCCUGGCUUUCUUCCUAAGUGCUGUAUAUCGAAGCGCUUCUUUAUACCAUCCACAACGGCGGGCGAUUUUACAUCUCAAGAAUCAACGCCGAAAGGUCAAAGAAAAAAAAGGUCUAAAAAGGCCCCCGCUCAUCGAUUUAAGUCCCCUUCAAUCUCGACCCGCAAAAGUUUUGUUGUUAGCAGCAGGAUUAGCAGCUUUUGGACUUUACACUCCAGUGUUUUUCUUGGCUCUACAAGGAUUUCAAGAGGGAUUAGAAGAAAGUGCUCUGGUGUUAUUGCAAACGUUUUUGGGAUUCGCUGCGGUUCUGGGUUGUGCCGGCUUCGGGCUCGUGCUGGUGCGGCCGUCAGCGCAAUGUCUUGUUUCAAAGCAGUAUCUAUGUCAAACUGCUAUGCUUGGGAUCGGAAUAUCCAUGCUCGCAUUAAGUAGUGUUGAAGGAUAUCACGGGUAUGUUUUGUUCGCGUGGAUGUACGGACUGUGUCUCGGAGGAUUUUUAUAUUCAAUGAAAAUGUUGACAAUGGAGCGAGUGCGCGGCCGGCACUUCACAAAAGUUUGGGGUUUUGUACAAGGAGCAGAAGCUCUACCGGUGAUAGUGGGCGUGCCAGUGACCGGGUAUAUCAACCAACAUAUUCCUCGCGCUGGCUUCUACUUUUCGACUGCUACGACGCUGGCGGGUGCCUUACUGUUGUUCUUUGUUGGAUUUUCCAAGCGAGAACCGGAGCCACCACCUCCCGCACCGGCGCCAACUAUAUCCGAAGCUUGCCCGUGUGUGACUCCCCCGCCAAGAUGCGAGCCGACCUGGUGCGCCUGCAGUGCUGGUGGCGCCACCGCGUACUGUGCGUGGACUGGCGCUACUUGUACCACCCGCUUGCCCAAGUCUUUGUCGUACGCUGCCCCGCUGGACCGCGUGUGUUGCUCAGCCGCCCACUGCCCCGACUGUUACCGACGUUCAGUACCUCUGCGCCCUUCACGGAGCGUUCCUGAAGGCCUCGCAAAUCGAGGAGCCACGUGGACUCGCACCGGCUCGUGCCGGUCCACGUGUCGGCGUCGAGAACAUCACCUCAUAGAACAAAUCACUACAUCUGUAUGAUAUAUAAUUAAAAAUGUACGAAUUUCUUAUACAAUCGCCAAUUUCAUUGCGGUGGUAUUUGAUUAGUAAAAAAUGUAAGGUGUAAAUAUACUUUUUGUAGUGGAUAAUAUCUUCCUGUCAAAUUCAGUCAAGAGAUAGUUGUAUGCAGUUUAUAACAAAGCAAUAAUUCCAUCGCACAGUUAUUUCCGAUACGCUUUAUAUCGAAAUGAGGAUGUGACGGUUCCUUGACUGUUGCUCGUACUUUACGCUUUGUAUGAACAAGUGGUAAUUUUAAAAUUGUAUGAUAGUGUUCUUCUAAUUCUCAAAGUACUCGUGGGACCUUCGUCGAUAUAGUUGAUAGCCAUAUUUUAUAUGUCGUAGGAAUAACACCUUUCAACAAUGUUUCCACUAAAUUUUAACGAUAAAACAUCUUUCUAAAGUCUGUUUGUACUAUAGUUAUUGUGCCUACGAGAACUACGUAUAAACUUUCUUGUUCACUCAUAUCCAUAAUAAUAAUUUGGCAUGAGGGCUGACGUUAUAGUCAUACUUUUGUAAAAUAUAAUUAUGUUUCACGGAACAAGUCAAUUUCCAUAGUUUAUUCAUAAUGUAUUGUGACGACGUAGAGCUCGUGUUAGCAGGAUUCUGUUGGUUAUUGUUACGGUAUAUUCGAUUGUUUAGAUGUAUUGUAAUUAUAUUUUAAUGUUAAAAAUAUUUGUUGUUUUUUACCAAAGUGUGAUUUACAAUUUUAGUGAUAAAUAAAAUAUAAGAUCAUAGCAA